UAUGCACAUUUCCAUCAUGGAGGCCAAGUGUGUUGUCAAGUGAAGCUUUCUCGAGCUUGUUUAUUUCUGAAAAACGAAGUGUCCUUAAAGAUUCUGUGUACCCCUGUAAAUAUGUAUCUUUGGAUGAUUGUUAAUUAUGACCAGAGUUUUGGAUAGAUUUAUUUUCAGCUAAUAACAUGUCAAGUUCUGUAGAUGCGACGUCGACGUCGCUCGCCGAGGACUUGCAGGAUUUGCAACUGGACAGACCUGCCAAGGGUCUCAAGUCCGUUGAAGAACUUGAAAAGUUAACGGUUGAUGAACACUUGAGUGAUAUAGAGAGAUCAGUGUAUUUGCUAAGUUCUGGACAAGAGGUGCAGAGAAUCAGCGUCAUUCACAAUUUGCCAGAUUUACUUCGAGACACAGAGAGUCAUGAUGAAUGUAUGCGGCGGGUCGUUCCCAAAGUCAGGGAGGUCCUACACCUGGCCCAGACAGACAUGCAGCUUGCUGCCACCUCGGCAUUCCUGCAGAUCCUACAGAAGAACCUGGUGCCCAUCCAGAACUACUCACAGACAUUCCUCCAGACAAUCCUCAAUAGUGUGGACAGCAAGGACCCAGACGUGGCCUCAGCUUGGUUAGAUACAUUACUUGAUGUCAUAGACCUCCUGCCGAAAGAAGUCAUUAAAAAAGAGAUCUUGGGGUCCGCCAUUUCAAAGGGACAGCUUGCACAGUCUGUUCAGUCCCGACUGGCCUGCUGUCGAAUCCUCGGCAAGAUCUCCACCAAGUUUGAACCUUUUGUAAUCAAGAAGGAGAUUCUUCCUGUGGUGCAGUCCCUGUGUCAGGAUGUGGACUAUGAAGUCCGGGGCUGUAUGUGCAGACAAUUGGAUUGUGUUGCCAGAGGACUGGGACUGGAGGCCACAAAGAGUGCAAUACUGCCAGAACUGGUGGAGCUGACCAAUGACGAGGAGUGUCAUGUCCGGAUCGCGGGACUGGAGACGGUUGUCAAUAUCCUCAGUCUGCUCGAUGCAGAAACCUGUGGUACCACCAUUAUUCCACUUGUGUGCAAGAUCUGUCAGCAGGCGGUGCAAGCUGAGGAUGCCACAUUGCCAGUGGUGGCUACUCAGCUCGGCAAACUGUGCCAUGGUAUUGCUGACAACCUCACAGAUGAGCAGAAGCAGUGGUUUAUAGAUUUCUAUAAGAAACUUUGUCAUGUGGGUUUGGAAAAGAACAAGGCAAGUAGUAGAGUGACCACGCCGGUAAUUGACAAGGAUCGAGGAGGCAGUAAAGAAUCAGACCUAACCGAUAUCUUUGAGCUAGAAGACAAAUUGGUGGAGUGCAGGAAAAACAGUGCAUUUAAUUUCCCUGCAAUGGUUUUAUUUUGUGGUGCAAAACAAUUCAAACCUGAUUUGCACGUAACCUUUACACAUCUGUGCAAAGACCCCCACUUCAUGGUGAGGAAGACGAUCUCCGGGGGAUUCCAUGAAGUCUGUAAGUUGCUCGGAAACAGUGCGAAUCUGAUUCAAUCAGAUCUUGUGGCUCUACUGAAGGACGAGUCAAUCGAGGUACUUAAGGGUGUUGUGAGCAAUAUGCCGGCCAUUCUGGACUGUUACAUGUCAAGUGGCAGCAACCACACUGUGUCCGAGUCCAAGUCUGGACCUCUAUCCGAUAUCAUUCCAGCCUUUUUGGCAUCAGAGAAUGCUGUUUUUACCUCCAACAACUGGAGAUUACAGGAGAUGCUGAUGAACAACUUGUCGUGCCUAAACAAGUGUUACUCUAGUGAAAACAUCUACAACAAAGUCAUUCCAAUUCUCAGGCAAAAACUCCUCAAAGCUAGGGCCCUACCAGUGAAAGUGGCAGCUGCUCGGUCCUUGCUGAAACUAACAAGGAAGGUGAAGAAGCGAGAGCAGAGGGAUGAAAUUUUCCACGGUUUAAUUCAUGAGUUUUGUCACGCCAGGAAAUGUUACCUGAGGAAUGUGUUUGUAGACAUUUGUAGAAUUGUGAUAGAACUGUACUCUAAAAAAUUCUUCAAGGAGACUUUCUAUGAAUAUCUUUUAGAAUUACACACGGACAGUGUGCCCAAUAUAAGACUCAAUCUGUGUUCAAUUUUACCUGACUUAAAACGUUUAUUAAUCCUUCCAACGGACCGAGGUCUCCUACAGCAAUUAGACGCUUGUGUUCGUAAGUUAUUAGUGGCAGAAAAAGAUAAAGAUGUGACGGACGGAGUUCAGAGUGCACUUGAAGAGUUGGACAAAAUUCACAUUCCAAUGCAAUCUAUGACAAGAAGAAACUUAUUUGAACAAGAUUUAGAAGAUCAAAAGAAAGAGGAAGAAGAGAAAUUACUGCUGGAUAAUGAGGAGAAAGAGAUGAAAAAAGAGGAGGAAGCAGCAGAGAAGAAGAAGGGAGACAAACGCAAUCUGGUGUCGGCCAAGAAGGGUUCGGAGAAUGGCUCCUCCAGCAAGAUCCCAGGACCUCGGAAAGGUUCACGAGCUGGCUUGUCAGGCUCAAACUCAACAACAAAGAAUGACAACAAACCAAUAUCCCCCAACACAAAGGGUGCAGGUACCAGUAACAAUAAGCUGGUCAAAUCUAAGUCCAUCAAUUGUCUUUCUCAAAUACCGAGGCGAGAUGGCAAGGAUCUGUCCAAGACUAAGAUAGUCUCACCCGCCCCUACCCCAGGAAAAUCUCCAGGUAACAAAGUACAGGUGAACAGUAACAUCAGUAAGGCCUCCACAGGGGACUCUAACAUUAACAAAAAGAGAGUGUCCUCCCCUAAGCUCUCCCGACUGCCUCUGUACAACUCCAAUCCGAAUCUACACCCAGGACGACCUUCAUCUCCCUCCCUCAUCCCGAUCAAAGCCUCAACCACAAGUUCAACCAACAAAACCAUUAAGGCGACUCGUGGGAGUGGCAUCCCCGCCCCCGGGAGUGCAGGAACAAGAAGGGCCUCGGUCCCAACUAUCUCCACCAGCAGAAGAGGAUCUCUGAGCGGUCAGCUCCCCACCGAGGUGACUCCAAAAGCAAAAGGCAGUAAUGGGGCACUCACUCCCUCCAUCAAGGAAAGGAAAAAGUCGAGAUAAUCUGGUGUAGUGAGAGGAGCUGAAUUGCGCACAUUGAUGCAUCCAGAGAAACCUUGCUGUUUCCAUAGCGACUGUGAUAGGACCAAUCAGAUUACCUGUGACAUGUAUUAUUGUAUAAUGACACUUGUGUAUGAUUUAAAUACUGCUGAAGAAAAGGAAUUGACAGACUGCUAAAAGAAUGUAAUAUGACAUUUAUGAAAUAAUGCAAAUGCAUUUUUGAUUUCUGUUAUAUAAAAAAGAAAUGGAGAAUCUACUGUGUAAAAAUAGACAGACACAGUCCAGAGAAAAAAAUGAAGCCAAAUUGUCACCUAUAAGUGCUCCUGAGAAUUCAGACAUUCCAUUUAAUUUUUUUUGUGUACAUUUUAUAGUCAUUAUUUAUAGUCAUAGUAUAAAGUGAUGAUAUAUACAAAUCAAAAUCCUAUAAUGAUGUUGUCUUAUUGAUGUUCAAGAGAUUUAAGAUUGUAACAGGAUGUUAUUUACCAUAAUUGAUAGUCUUGAUUGUUGGGAAAACUGCAUAAUUAAUUUACUUUGUCAGAGUUAGUAAAUAAGAUUUCUGUGGUUCUAAAUCAAUACAUGUACAUUGUACACGAUAAUCCAUUUUUACUGUUUCAUUUUGUAAUUCAUGAUUUAUAUUUUGUAAUGUAAAAAAAGUGCCUAAUUGUUAGAAAUCUUGUGCAUUAAUUUUGAAGAAGACAUAAUAUCCCUCCUACAGCACUGUAGAUGGACUGUUUGAAAGUAAUAUUUAAACUGUCACUUAUAUAUACAGCCGUGCGUAGAUAUCAACUUUCAGGUGCAAUCAUUAGCCACAGACUUUGAAUCAUGUUAGAUGGAUUUUAUUUUCUGUAUGUGUAUGUACAAGAACUUCAUAUCAUAAGAUAAAUGUGAAAAAACUGAAUGCUUAUAUCUUUGUGUACAAGUUAAUGAAAGCAUUUACAUAGAAAGUAAAAACCUCAGUAAACUGUAGUCAUUCCAGUAUUCUAUAGAAACUGCUGUAUUGUAUUGUGAUCAAACAUGUUUAAGAUAUGUGGCAGAUUUAGCAAACUGAGAAAGUGAUGUAUGAAAUUAGGUGUUCUGUGCAAUUGUUGAUGUCUUCAUAGAGUGAAAGGGAGAUAACUCCAUGCAGGUGUGCAUGAUAACCAAGUAUUUUCAUGUGCUGUUACUUGUUGACAGAUUAUUUUUGAGAGAAGUUGUUUAUUUUUGUUGAUUAAAUAAACUAGAUGUGCCUGUUGUAAACGUGAGAUUUUUAUCCCCAAAAGUUGCAGUCAUUGCAAGUUCUUAAAAAAUAGAUCUGUAUGAUGCAUGAAGUCUGUAGAAAUCCAUAUUUUACUGCAGGAACACUUGAUAUGUAAAGGCACCUACAUCUGAUACUUUUUGAACGUUUUAUUUUGAUUUUGCACUAUACAGCAAUAGAUUCAGUAGAAUGUAAAAAUGAAGAUUUAUUACUGUUAUUCAUAAUCAAUAGUCCAAUAUUGCGCAACAGGAAGGGAAUUUUACCUGUCCAGUUGGAAUUUCAGUGCUUACAGAUUUCAUCUUAUACUUUGAAUACCUGACAGUAUAAGAACUUUACUCUGUAAUCCACAAAGAAUUACAGCAUGUAGUUUACUAUUUACAUAUAUAGGGCUCUUUACAUAAAUUGUUGAUUUUCUUUCUUUUUUCUAAAGGAUACAUUUUCUUGUUAUUUUCAAACCUUUAAUGUUGUAUGAUAAAUAGGUAGAUAAAAUUAGUUAGCAUGAAUGUGCUGCCGUCCCAAAAGUUAUAAGAAGUAAAUUAUUUAUUUUGUUGUCUCGCAAACUAUUUUCCCUCAAUAUUCUUUUUUAUAUACUAUCAAUAACUGAACUUAUAUGGUCACCACUGUGUUGAAACAUUUCUGCUGAUUUUUGGACUGGUUUCAAGCUUUGAUUUGUAGUGAGAGCAUGCAUGUAGGUGCUUUAAGCUGUCUUGUUAACUGAUAUGAUGUAAACUCAAUGCAAUAUUAUUAAAUGACUCAACUGAU